AUGAAGUACCUCUUCGGCAACGGGUCUAACGGCUACAAGGCUCAACUAGAAAAGGAAGACUUCGUGAAGCGUGCCUAUGCCAAACUUGAUAAUCUCAUCAAGCAGACGUUGGAGGAGAUCACAACAUAUGAGGCAGCCCAGCGGAAGGUCAACGUCCGCAAUCGGAUCAUCGUCUCAAACAUUGCGGCGGACGCUGGAGUCGAGGAGGUGUAUCAACUCUUCUCGGAGUACCAUAUUCGCCAGGUCUCCAUUCUGCCAGAGCGAGAGCCAAUCAAGCGAACCCGAGUUGCGGAAGUCGAGCUCUUUGACGAAGAGUCUGCAAAGCGCGCCUCCCGCAUCAUCGGUUACAUCUUCGGAUUGUUAGUUGAAGCUCGUCGUGCUACCGAUACCUGA